UCCCUAACCCAGGGCUAGGACAGUUAUGCGCACGCGCAUGAGAGCGCUUUGCUUCCUGAAGUCCCCAGCUACUAGAAGCAAAGGAACUGCAGGGCCGAUGUCGCGACCUUGUGUCAGAAACAAGCUGAUAGACGAUGCCAAGGCCCGCCUGAAAAGGUUCGAUGUCGGGACCAGAUAUUCCCAUCUAUCCGCUAAUAAAUACUCUGUCCUCCUGCCGUUGCUGGUCAAAGGAGAAAAGCUGUACCUUCUGCUCACUGUCCGCUCAGACAAGCUGAGACGGUCACCCGGAGAAGUCUGCUUCCCUGGAGGAAAGAGGGACCCAGUGGACACGGAUGACACAGCCACUGCUCUCCGUGAAGCCCAGGAGGAGGUGGGGCUGCAUCCCCACCAAGUGGAGGUGGUCUCUCACCUGGUGCCAUAUCUGAUUGAUAAUGAUGCACUGAUAACCCCCGUGGUGGGUUUUCUAGACCACAACUUCCAGGCCCAGCCUAAUGCUGAUGAAGUUAAGGAUGUGUUCCUCAUGCCUUUGGACUAUUUCCUGCACCCACAAGUCUACUACCAGCACCACUUCACACACUCUGGCCACCAUAUCGUGAUUCACUGCUUUGAGUAUACAGACCCCGAAACUGGGGCGAAGUACCUAGUCAAGGGAAUGACUUCAAAACUGGCAGUGCUGGUUGCCUUAAUUAUCUUGGAAAAAAGGCCCUCCUUUGACAUUGAGUUUGAUCUCAAUGACUUGAUACCGUCUUGCGAAAAGACCUUCCUUCGUAGAUUUUCUUCAAGCAAGUUGUGAAGACGUCAACACCCGAGAGAACAUCCCAGAGGUUCCGGCGUGAGCUUCUCUGCUCAGAACAAGAAUGUCAGCAAGUGGAACCCGACAGGUGUGAACAAUCUUCCUGCAGUGUGCACAGAAAGGGUCUUCCUGCUUUCCAGGUGCCUUAAAAAAAAAAAAAAACUAAAACACUAAAAGUCUUUCAAAACUGGAAUAUUGCUUUCACAGGGCAAUAUAAUUUUACCCACAAUGCCAAUAUCUGUAGCUAUUUUAGGGGUAUCUGGCACUUAGUAGGCACUUAAUAAAUCUUUGUUGAAUAUA